AUGGCUUUGGACCUUGAGCUUGAUGAUGAUGUCUUCUUUGCAGACAUAAGCAAACAACUCAAUCUCUUAAUCACAGAUGAAGAUGAAGAGAACCCUAUCUCACUUUCCUCUUCUGUCUUCCAGGGUUUGUUCAGAGAAAACCACCAAACAUUAGCAACACCAUAUAUGAUGUACCAUGAGCAGAACUACAACGUAAUUAGAGAGAGCAAAGGAACAGGAGUGUUCAUCCCAAGAUGUUCUCAGCCAAGAAGGAAACAACAUAAUCAUUCUCAUCAGAAGAAGCAAGGGAAGGUCGGUUCCCUCAUCCCCAAGCAACAGUUUCCAAAUCAUGUUUAUGAAAUCAACAACUCCACAACUCUUAACAACAGCCAAGAACGCAUCACCUUUCAUCAUGCUCCUUCUACUAACCCAAGAAGAGCCUACAGAGAUGCAGCAUCUCUCUUCACUUAG